GAUUGAUCCAUCGAUCUUUUGAGUUGAUUCGAUCUCUUCUCAUGGAGGCAGCGGCGGCCGGAUCAUCGGCAAUGCAGUGGGAGAGCAAGGAGGAGGAGGCGUGGCAGGCGUACCUCCGGCAGCAGCGGUCGCGCCGCGGCUGAGCGCAGUACCUCCGGGGCCGCCCCAUGGCCCUCCUCGGCAACGCGGGCGCCGACGACGGCAACUGGGUCAUCCUGCCGGCGUCGGCGCUGGACCGGAUCUUGUCGGUGGGGCUGGGGUACCCGAUGCUCUUCCGCGUCCAGAACGCCGCCACCCUCGAGGCCUCCCACUGCGGCGUGCUCGAGUUCGGCUGCGAGGAGGGGUUCGUGCACGUGCCCGCCCACGCCAUGGCGCGGCUCGGGCUGGAGGAGGGCGACCUCGUGCUGCUGACCAGCACGUCGCUCCCCAAGGCCACGUCCAUCAAGCUGCGGCCGCACACCACCGACUUCCUGGGCGCCAAGGACCACAAGGAGCUGCUCGAGUACAACCUGAAGAACUACUCCACGGUCACGGUCGGCGACACCAUCACCGUCGCCGAGGGGGACAAGCGGUACCUGCUCGACGUCGUCGAGGCCACGCCCGCCGACGCCGUCUCCACCCUCGACACCGACUGCGAGGUCGACUUCGCGACGCCGCUCGACUACGUGGAGCCGCCGGUUGCUCCCGCGCCGGUGAAGGUCGCCGCCGCCCCAUGCCAGGACUGCGCCCACGGCGGCGAGCGGCGGUUCGCCGGCGUCGGGAUAAGGAUGGACGGGAAGCCCGUGGAGCAGACGCCGCCCCCUGCGCCGGCGCCGGCGCCGGGAUCUUCGGGCAAGGGGAAGAGUGCUAGUGAGAAUGUGCUUCGGUUCUUCAGCGGCCGCCGCUUGCCGCCCCCUGGCGCCAAGUCGGCGAAGAAGGUGGACGGCGAGGAGGACAAGGAUGCCAAACGGUUCGCCGGCCAGAAGUAUACCCUCUAGAAGACCCAAGCAACGACUGAAACAAUGUCUGCAGUUGAUGAUUUCAGUUAGUCAGACAGAAGUUUAAGUUUGCCAAGAAAAUAUAUGGCUUUUAAUUUUUAAUUUUUGACACAAUGUAUUGUGGCUAUCUACCUAGAUGUUGGUGAAAAUUUGGCCA